GAAAUCAUGAAUCCUGUAUAUAGCCCUGGAUCUUCUGGGGUUCCCUAUGCAAAUGCCAAAGGAAUUGGUUAUCCAGCUGGCUUCCCAAUGGGCUAUGCAGCGGCUGCUCCUGCCUAUUCCCCUAAUAUGUAUCCUGGAGCAAAUCCUACCUUCCAAGCAGGUUAUACCCCAGGCACCCCAUAUAAAGUAUCCUGUUCACCCACCAGUGGCGCAGUGCCACCGUAUUCUUCGUCGCCAAAUCCCUAUCAGACUGCUGUGUACCCAGUUCGAAGUGCCUAUCCACAGCAGAAUCCGUAUGCACAGCAAGGCACUUAUUACACACAGCCUUUGUAUGCAGCACCACCCCACGUAAUUCAUCACACCACAGUUGUGCAGCCUAACGGCAUGCCAGCAACUAUGUAUCCUGCUCCGAUUCCACCACCAAGAGGAAACGGUGUGACUAUGGGGAUGGUGGCUGGGACUACUAUGGCAAUGUCAGCAGGAACUCUGUUGACAACUCAUUCCCCAACUCCAGUAGCCCCUCAUCCGGUUACUAUGCCCACGUAUCGGGCUCCAGGAACACCAACCUAUAGUUAUGUGCCCCCACAGUGGUGAUCAUCCUGGCAGUCUAGGUUUGAAGAUGGGAGAUAUGCAAUCAAGAAAUUGAGGUUUAAAAGUUGGUGCUGAAGCCCUCAUGCCUCCAACCAGGACUUUUCUUCUGAAUGCUUUCAACACUUGGCUAAACACUACUAAUUCCUGAUCACUGAAGAUUUUCCAGUGCUGCAUAUCUUACAUCUUGGAACUCCAGCAGUUAGUCUUAAAGCAAAUCCUGUUUUGUGGACUGUCUUGCAAUUUUUUAGCCAAUUAUAAUGAUAAAAAGGGAGUAUAAAUUUAUUCUGAUCCAUAUCUAGUUGAAUGCAUGUUAAAACACAAAAACAAAGCUUGCUCAAUCUACCUGCAGUGACUGAUGCAAAAACCAUCAUAUGCAAAUCCAAAGGAACCGAAAAGUAUUUUACAACUUGUAUCGCUAAUGCACUGUUGUAAUGUAUGCAGGGUCUUAAGAGGUAGAAUCAUGAAAGUGAGUUUCUUUAUAGAAUACCGUAAUAUACAUUAGAUAAGUGCUUCAACCUUUUUGGGGUUGAUGGAGUUGCUGGUUUAGAAGGGGCACUUUUUUUUUUUUUUUAAGUGAUGUAUUCUGUUCACUUUCAACUAACACAAAUUGAAGUGACUGGAAAAUGAGUCAGACAAGCUGUAGAAAUCCUGUACACAAUUAGUUUUAUUCGUAUCAUUUUCAUUUCAUGGAUUCAGUGUUAUGCAGAUAUUCUUAGAAAUCAAAAUGAAAUGACAAAGGUAAUGCUGUGUGCCAGUAAAUAAAGCAAACUUCCUUUAGGCAAAUACUUGCUGUGAGGAGUAGGAGGAGGUAACAUCACCUGCAUAACGGAUUACACGUCCUGGGGAGAUACGUAUCCAGUGCGAACUUUCAUGUGAUGCAAGAUGUGUCAAAGUGAGACUGCCACACAGACUGAUAGAAAAACGUUUUGGUUUAGUUCUCAGUUCAGGAAAUCCAUGCUGUUUUCCCUAGAGAGUAUCAUAGUUGAGAAUGUAUGUGCAGUUGACCCAGCUUGCUUUCUAGAAAUCUAAGAAAUGCUAAGGUUUUCUGCCACAAACAGGAAGAGUUCAGCUGCAUCUUAUUCUGAGGAAAGCUUGUGUGCCUGAUGAGUAUGUUAAAGGGGAACAAACCAUUUUCACACAAUUUCCUUAGUAGCUUCUUGCAGUAUAGGCUAGGGAUAUGCUCUAGUAGGGCUGCCAGAAUGUAGAGUUGGGGAGUUUUCCUGAAAACAUCUGUAGCUGUAGUAGGAGCCAUUCAUCAGUUACAGCUUUUCGGUGUAUUCUUUAGGGU